AUGUGCGGCCCGGAGACUUGCGACAGACCUCGUGGAGGUGCCUUGGUUGCUCUCAACCCGCCGGUAUCGAACCGCGCCUCACCAGCUUCGUUUAGUGGCGACCUUACCUUUCAUACGCCGGGAAGUCCAAGCAGCCAGCAGGCUACGCAUGUUCGACUUGUGCCGUCGUCAGUUGAAACGCUGCGGGAUUGGUCCAACUUGAAUGUCGUUAUACACUCUACUGGCGACAUGACCAAAGAUACGAAAGACUGUGGCCGGUUUCGCGAGAUAUCAUUUGCUAGCUGUGAGGCUGUGAAUGACUCUGGCGUUUAUGAGCUGCUUCUAAACAGACCACUAUCGCUCGAGGUCGGCGGCGAUGGCAUCAUCGGACGGCGAGUAUCUGUAUGCUCGCGGCCACGGCCAUCGAAUGACGAUAUUGUAAUGGCGGAAGGAAUUGUAGGAUUCAAUAUCGCGCCGCCUACACGGCCUUCUCUGUGA